UGUUAGUUCGGGAAUCUAAAUAGAUGAAAUAUUCCCACAUCUCCUUAUUUCCUCCGUAUCACGUAUGUGCGCUUUUGCAGUCGUUGCACCCACCUCUGGUGUCCUCGCGUCGCGUCGGUUCGUUUUUUCGUGCCUGAGCCAUGUGUUGCUAGUACUGCAGCUGCACCAUAAUGAGCUUUUGACUCGCCCUUUGGACAACCAUGGUGUUUCAUCUCAACAGAAUAGAAGCCGAGUCACCCCGUUCUUGUGUUUUGCAUCGGGCCGUCGACGUGCGGCGGACGACGAUACCGAGGAUGUCCUUGCUGCCACGGAGCCUGAAGCUGACGCGGCUCCACCAACAGAUCCUUCUUCGCGUGCUGAUGAAAAGGACCCGUCGCCUGGCGCUGCGGUAUUUCAUGAUCUCUCCGAGCAGGAGGAAAGAUCCUCGGCUAUUACAGACGCUAGUGUCCAGGCUGCAGAAAAGAACGGAGAUGCUGAGGAGCUGCAAGUACAACAAACAUCAUCGCAAGCACCUAAUCAGCAGACCACAACCACGUCGUCUUCCGAACAACUACCAACAGACGGAAACAUCGAACGGCAAUGGGAGCGGUCGAAUGUUGAUCGAAAAGUGUUGCAGGAGGAAAAUGUUUGGGCGGAAAGCAGUGCGGAUCAUGCCGUUUUAACGUCCUCUGGUGAAGAGAGCAGUGAAGGUACUGCAACUACUUCUGCACCUCCUACCCCGGGACGAGAUGAUGCAACUGCAAGCGAAAUGCAACCCGAAACCUCAGGCAGUGGAGUCGGUGGUGAACAACCUGAGCAAGCACCAGCAUUUUCUGCAGAAUCAUCGGCGAGAGACAGCAAUACAAUAGCACUAGCCUCAGGAACAACUACAACAUCACAGGAAGGAGCAAUAGACGGGGAUCACCAGCAGGCAGAAGCAGAGACUGCUACUGGCACAGCAGCCGCUCCACAAAACGACGUUCCUACAGACGAGUUUGAAGUAGAGGACGAGCAGAAUGCUGAUGAUCCGGACGUACCGUACAGCUCCAGCAGUGCAUUGCAGCUCAACACCAGACGAGCAGGCACCGGAUCUGGAGGUUUGGUCGCGGCCGCGCAGAAAGGCGCAAGGGUCUUGCAGGCUGAGACGCCCGAGAGCGACCUGCUCGAAACGCGCGCGGACGACAUCCGCAAGCUUUUCAUCACGUUCAGCAGCGGGGACGGCGCCGCCGCGCACCCGGUGCCGAAGUACUUCGUGCAACGGCGGAGCCUCCACCACCCCUUCUUUCAGGUGGCGAGCAACGACGUGCCGAUCUUUGAGUCCUACACGACCAACGCCGAGGACCCUCACGCCCGCGUCCAGAUCUACAAACUGAAGGCCGGGGACAGCCUGCGGCGGACCGCGCAGAGCACCAUGGGGGACCGGGUGCAAGUCGACGCCGUGAUGUGGCAGCUGGGCGGCUGGCAGGUGUCGGGGAAGUUCGGGAAGUUUCCCGGACUGAACUCC